AUGUCUAUGUCAAAGGACGAUCUUCGGGAUAUAAUUGCACGGAGGAGCGAGGCUCUCAAGACAUUCCAGUACUUCGACGCCGAGGCCACGCCCGUGGAAACACCGGAGUUUUUGAAAUUGAAACAGUUAAAGGCAACAUCGGCUAUAAUAAUCAUAGCCUACAUUCCAAUCGAUGCUACGAGGUUCUCGAUAAAUCUGAAAUGUAAGACGUCGGGAACUAUCGCUCUGCACUUGAACCCUCGUCUCGAUCGUGGCUACGUCGUCAGGAAUACGAAGAUCAAAGGAUGCUGGGAGCAGGAAGAGACCUGCUCUCCAGUUAGUUCGAGAAAUUACAUUUUUCGUAGGAAUUCAUUUUUUCAUCUUACCAUCUUCUGUACGCUAAAUGAAUUUCAGAUAGCAAUUGAUGGAGAACACUUUUGCGCAUUCGCCUACAGGAUUCCACUCGAAGAGAUCGUCGGACUCGAAUUUAACGAUGACAUCGAAGAAAUUAAAGUUAGGCAGACGAAUAUUUCUGUUUACCCAGACCCACAGAUUUGCAAGCCAAAAAGAAUUCUGGAGUUGAUAGAUGAUCGACCAUUAGACAGAGAUCUAGAUUUACCAGUAAUAAUCGAUUUAAAAAAAGGUUUCGAUGUUGGAGCUUGUCUCCUAAUUAAGGGAAGGCUUAAACUUUUACCUUACUCAUUCUAUAUAAAUCUACAAAAAGGAAAAAUGAUUUAUCCUCAUCCGAUUAUAGCCCUGCAUUUAAAUCCUCGAUAUCAUUAUGGGAAUCAACCCGCUUGUAUGGUUAUGAACAGUUGGAGCAAUGGAACGUGGGAUUCGGAGGAACGUCAUCAAGGCCAGAACUGGACUCCUGGGCGAGAAUUCUUGUUAACAAUACGUUGUACGUACGAUGGCUACGUGAUAAGUCUAAGCGAUAAGAUGAUCGGCGAAUUCAAGCAUAGACUACAGCCAUCGAUUAUUGACACUAUUUGCAUCACCGGAGAUUUGGUAUUACACGAAAUGCUCAUUACUUACUAAACAAAAGAAACCAAGAAAAAAAAAA